UAGUUUCCGAGCUUUACCUUCUCUUUCCUUCCCUACCAUGAAAUCUAAUGUCUUUCAUUGACCCAAGAAAAUUCACUGUCUCCAAAUCAGUGUAGCCCAAAUCCUGUUACCAUUUCUUUUUUUUUUUUUUCCUACCAAUUAUCAAUCAAAUUAUUAUUGAUACGGAUUGUCUAAAAUUAAAGGAGGAAAACCCUUCUGCUAAGGAAACUCAACGAAACCCAGUAAUGUCCUGCUCAUCACUCGACAUUCCAUGAACCUUCCAUGCGUUGAUUUGGUCAGAUGUUUGAAGAUGCAUUCACAAUCAAAUCCAUAUUGAUGCAGCCUCAUAUUACAUACUAGCAUUAUCAUAUGAUACAUGAAGAUGGCUUCAUAUGGUGUUGUGGAGUCCACUCUCAAGGAAAUUCUUGAAGUAAUAAAACCUUUACAGGAUGAUUGGGUGACGCGAUUUAGGGUCAUUGAGGAGUUAAGAGAGGUUGUUCAAUCAUUGCAAAAUUUUAGAGGUGCAAGUGUGGAGCCAUUCGGAUCGUUUGUCUCUAACCUCUUUACUCGCUGGGGAGACUUGGAUAUAUCUAUUGAGUUAACAAAUGGUUCUCAUAUUUCAUCUUCUGGCAAGAAGCAGCAGAAGAGUUUACUUGAGGAACUACACAAAGCUUUGAGACAGAGAGGUGGAUGGCGAAAAUUACAACUUGUUGCCAAUGCAAGAGUUCCUCUUUUGAAAUUUGUCACCAACCCCCAGGGCAUCUCUUGUGAUAUUUCAAUUGAUAAUAUUGCAGGCCAGAUAAAGUCCAAAUUCUUGUUUUGGAUUAAUGAGAUUGAUGCACGAUUCCGCGAUAUGGUUUUACUGGUAAAGGAAUGGGCCAAAGCUCAUGAUAUAAAUGAUCCAAUGACUGGGACAUUAAAUUCAUAUUCUCUGAGUUUGCUGGUUAUCUUUCAUUUUCAGACAUGUGUACCUGCAAUUUUACCCCCUCUAAAAUAUCUAUACCCAGGAAACAUUGUUGAUGAUCUCACAGGUCUUCAGGUUGAUGCUGAGAGACAUAUAGCAGAAGUAUGCAGAGCGAAUAUAGCAAAGUUUAAAUCAGACAAAUCUACAACAUUUAAUCGGAGUUCUCUGUCUGAGCUCUUUGUUUCAUUUGUUGCAAAGUUUUGUGACAUAAAUUUGAAGGCCCAGGAGCUAGGAAUCUGCCCUUUCAAUGGACAGUGGGAGGAUAUAAACAACAAUACGAGAUGGCUACCCAAGAAUAAACCCUUAUUUAUUGAGGAUCCAUUUGAGCAACCAGCAAACACUGCGAGGACAGUUAGGCCCAAAAAGUUAGCAGACAUAUCUGAAGCAUGUAAGACAACUCAUCGUACACUUGUCUCAGGCAAGCAGACUCGGAAUUCUCUCCUUUCUGCAUUGGCCAGACCAUAUAUACGUCCAUUUAUCAUAAAUGGCUCGGUUAGUUACCCAAGCUACAAUGAUGGGCACAACCUGACAACUCAUCCACAGGCACACUGGGCUGGGAACGCACUACCUCAAAUGCAGCAUCAGUACCAGGUUGUGAAUUCCCCCUCUCAAGUGCAGCAUCAAUAUAGGCAUCCGAGGCGCUCAACCCCAAAAGUUCGUCAAUUUCAGAACAUGAAAGAGUCAUCCUCUCAGGUGCAAUCUCAACAUCAAAAGAUUCAAAACUCGAGAAGUUCAUAUCCUCAAGCGCAGCCUCAGUUUCCAAAUUCGAGGCCAAAAAGUCAUCCCAUCAGUUCCCCUGCUCAAAGGCCAGUGAAUCUGCAUCACGGCCAAGCUCAGAUGAUGUGGAGACCAAAAGCUAAUAAAUCAAACUCAUGACCCGAGAUUUCGGUACUUCAGUACCUAGAACGUUAAAUUUGAUUUUCAUUCAGCAUUCUAGAACUUCCCCGCAAGAAAGAACAUCGUUCAUCCUGAUGUUUGGCAGUAUAUGCUCUAUUUUGGGCUUUUUAUUGUAAUUCUUUUCAGCAGAAGCAGAUACUGCGGUAAUUUAAAUGGCAUGCUCUGCUUAAUUCUAAUGAACAAUAUUGCAGUGUUUGAGCUUUGAACUUAUGUCAUUUCUGUAUAAACCCAAACCAGAUUU